AUGAAAUCUCUUUCCCUUCUCGCUCUCGCUGCGGCGGUCGCGGCUCAGAACUUCGAUGCUUGUACAGAGGCCGGACAGGCGUUCUGCGACGGUGGCUCCCUCUCCACCGACUCCAUCAUCCAAUGUACCGGCCCUGGUGUAGGUGCCCGCGACUGCGUCGUCUUCAACUCGGUGUCCUCCUUCACCCUCGACUCCUCCGUCUGCGUGCCCCGCAGGCCCCAGAACCCACCCCCGGUUCCAGCUCCGGCGGGAGUGCCCCUACUCGUCCAGGUGGUCCCGGGAACGGCGGCGGCGAACAGCCUGAGCCCACCCGUACUGGUCGUCCAGGAGAAGGUGGCGGCGGCGGUGGCGGUGGCGAGCCCCAGCCCCUACCCGUACUGGUGGUGGCGGUGGCGAGCCCCAGCCCCUACCCGUACUGGUGGUGGCGGCGGCGGCGGCGGCGGCGGCGGUCGCCCUGAUGAACCAGAGCCUACUCGUCCCGGCCCGCCCCCGUCCGAAGGUGGUGGUGGUGGUGGCGGUGAAGAGCCGGAGCCCACCCGGCCGGGACCUCCGCCCUCCGAAGGCGGCGGUGAUCGCCCCACUGCCACUGGUGGUCCCGGAGGCCCCGGCGGCCCUGGUGGUCCUGGUGGUCCUGGUGGUGAACGGCCUACCGCAUCCACGUCUCCCACCCGACCUCCUAACGGUGGCCGCCCCACUGAUACCGAACCUGGUCGCCCCGGCCCCACUGGUUCGGAGUCCGGCCGUCCCGGUCCCCCGGAGGUGGCCCCACGACCGCCAUCACCACUACUCGCGGUGGCGGCGGCGGCGGCGGCGGCGCAAACGCUACUUCCUCUACUCGGCCACCAACAUCCACUUUUGUACCUGCCGGUGCCGAGACCCUUCACGCAGGAGGACUGGUAG